ACUCGGACCGGCCCGGCCCAUAUGAAAGGAUACUAGGUUUCUGGCUGCCACCAUUCUCAUGUCUUAUAUAUACUCUCUCGAAACGCCAACGGAGUCUGCGGCAGGGUCGUCCUCAAUUCAUUUGCUUGGCGGAGGUGGUAGCCGGCGGCAACUCAUUUUAUAGGUAAGCCAUGGUUAAGCACAACAAUGUUAUCCCAAAUGGGCACUUUAAGAAACAUUGGCAGAAUUAUGUCAGGACUUGGUUCAAUCAGCCAGCCCGGAAAGCCAGAAGAAGAACUGCUCGGCAGAAGAAGGCAGUGAAGAUUUUUCCCCGACCUACAGCUGGACCUUUGCGCCCAGUUGUUCAUGGCCAGACAUUAAAGUAUAACAUGAAAGUUAGGGCUGGCAGGGGAUUCAGUCUGGAAGAGUUGAAGGCUGCGGGCAUUCCAAAGAAGCUUGCACCUACAAUUGGAAUAUCAGUCGAUCAUCGCCGAAAAAACCGAUCUUUGGAGGGCCUUCAAGCUAAUGUCCAGAGGCUUAAAACGUAUAAGGCGAAAUUAGUUGUCUUCCCAAGGCGUGCUCGAAAAUUCAAGGCUGGUGAUUCUGCUCCGGAGGAACUGGCCAAUGCCACUCAGGUCCAGGGUACAUUCAUGCCUAUAGUGCGUGAGAGGCCUGCGGUUGAGCUUGUGAAGGUUACUGAUGAGUUGAAAUCAUUCAAGGCAUAUGACAAACUCCGUGUUGAGCGGGUGAACAAACGUCAUAUCGGUGCCAGAUUGAAGAAGGCAGCAGAAGCUGAGAAGGAAGACAAGAAGUGAGUUUGACCAUCAUAGGUUUGUCCAUUGAUUUUGUUUGGCAAUGGAAAAUUUACUGUACUUAUUCGAAGACCAUCACUUUUACUAUUCGACAUUUCAAAUGAGUUUAUGAACAUUAGCAUAUUUUAUGGCUUA